GAGGUGCCCCCCGCCCCCCCACGCUCAUAACCGACACAUAGCGUGCGCGUUCACAUGCCUCGGAAGUGCGCGUCGCCGUUCCUGCGGAAUCCAGGAGUGCAGUGGUCGGACCCCGAGAGGCUCUCACCGCGAAAAUAAUGAACAACAAAUUUGACGCUCUAAAAGACGAUGACAGCGGAGACCACGACCAGGACCCAGGUUCACCGAAAGACGGUGAGAAGGAAAAAUCUGAAGAGGAGGACAAGGAACAGAACGCCAGGAGAAAGAUGGCGGUGCCAGGGGCAGGAGAGCACCCUCUUCAAUUCAACUACAGCCUCUGGUACUCCAGACGAACCCCCGGGAGACCAGCCAGCACUCAGAGCUACGAACAGAACAUCAGGCAGAUCGGCACCUUUGCCUCGGUGGAGCAGUUCUGGCGUUUCUAUAGUCACAUGAUCCGGCCUGGUGAUCUGACGGGCCACAGUGACUUCCACCUGUUCAAAGACGGUAUUAAACCCAUGUGGGAGGAUGACGCCAAUAAGAUGGGUGGAAAGUGGAUCAUCCGUCUGAGGAAAGGUUUAGCAUCUCGGUGCUGGGAGAACCUGAUCCUGGCUAUACUGGGGGAGCAGUUCAUGGUGGGAGAGGAAAUCUGUGGGGCUGUGGUGUCAGUACGCUUCCAGGAGGACAUCCUUUCCAUCUGGAACAAAACGGCCAGUGACCAGGCGACCACGGCUCGCAUCAGAGACACCCUGCGUCGAGUCCUCAACCUGCCGCCCAACACCAUCAUGGAGUACAAGACGCACACAGACAGCAUUAAGCAUAACACAUUUGAACUGUGUAUUAUGAAUGAUGACGUACUGCAUCCUCAUUGGCAGAGCAUGGGAAGACUUCCAUGGACUGGUGACUGCUAGCGGCGGACGUUAGGCCCUCACACAGAAAACCUCUCGGAGGGUGUGAGGAUAUGUAAUGAGUCGGGGGGGGAAUGACGAGUCCGGGGAAGGAUACCUCUGCGUGGAUUGGCACUGUGUGUGAAGACAGAGCAAAAGUCAGGGGCGAGAGGACCAUUCCUUGUUUGUGUCUAAUUGGAAACGAUCAGAAAACAAGCGGACGGCGAACAGAAGAAGUCGAAGGGAGAAAUUUGCAUUCUUUUUAAUCAACCAGAGGAGAACAAAGCCUCCGUUUUUUUAUGUUUUGUAAUGCAAGUUGCAACACCCGUUAACCUGCCACCAGGGGGGGCAUGUGACUGGUGUUUGGUCAUUAGCUGAUAACAAAGUGUACUUGACAAAAUACAACAGAACCCACAAACGAAACCAUAGAGAUAUGUGCUCGAUCAGAUUUUAUUGCUUACAUCAAGUCACACGUCCUGCUGUUAAAGGAAGUCUGUGUUAAUCUGUUUUAUUGGGACUGAAACAGGGUUGCAGAAUAUUUUAUUACUGUGCUGUAUUUUAACUACAAGUACUUGAACUUGAAAUAAUUUGCUGAUUAUUACUAUUAUUGUGUAUGAUAUAUUGUAAAUAUAGUCCACUUCAAAGAUCCCUUAACUGAAUCUGCCAUGAUUCUCCAUCUUUGACAUGGAAGUUGAAUCCCAAAGGAUGAGGACCAUCCUGUGUUGGGCAGAAGGUUGCGUAAGAGGCAUCUUAAAAAUGGACUGCCAAGCUGCCUCGAUCACUGUGCCUGGCCUCGAGCCCAACCCGAUCCAGGUCCCCCCUCCUGUGCGUUUCGUCUUAACCCUGCCUCCAAAUAAUCCAAGGGUCGGGCUCUGCUUUAUUGUCCUCAUCAAAGGCCCUCAUUGUUUUAGUUUUUUCAGCAAAAGAGAGGAAACUGAGGUCGAGGGUCUGUUACAUUUGAUUCUUCGAGAGCAUUUUCAACAUUGAACCAUCUUCAGAGAGCGCCUGUAGUCUGUUGAAAAACUGUAAUGCUGCCCAUGUGUGGUAGCGUGAGGAUGGGGGCAGGUGUGUGUGUGCGUGAGUGUCAAAAGUGAAGAAACAAAUGUUGGAUGUACACCUGAUGGUUUAUAGCAAUAAAUGUCAAAUAUGCACCUGAUGCUA